GUGUCGCCUUGAUCUAGUGAACAUCCUUCGAAAGCAACUUUGAUUAUUCUUGUUCGCUAUUCCGAAUCUCUACCGGAAUCCCGACUUCGCCAGAUCGAAUUUCCAUACCCCUCCGAAGUUUCUCACGACAACACAAUGGCGCGACGAAGGGUUAAGAAGCGGACGCAAGCGCGCAAUGUGCAAGACCAGUCCGGGAGGAACAUUGAGCGCACACCCAAGAGCAUGGUCCUUCGGAUAGGUGCAGGAGAAGUCGGGCCCAGCAUCAGCCAACUUGCGCAGGACGUUCGAAGUGUGAUGGAGCCCGAGACGGCGAGCCGAUUAAGGGAACGGAAAGCGAACAAGCUGAGAGACUACACGACGAUGUGUGGACCGUUGGGAGUGACGCAUUUGAUUCUGUUCUCGCGGUCGCCGGCUGGGAAUACGAAUCUGCGGAUCGCGAUUACGCCUCGAGGACCGACGCUGCAUUUUCGAGUGGACAAUUAUUCGCUUUGUAAGGAUAUAAUGAAGGCGAUGAGGCAUCCCAAGAACGAUACAAAUCUGUACAAGAGUCCGCCAUUGCUGGUCAUGAACAACUUCAUGUCGCCUCAAACCACUAAAAAGGGCUCAAAAGAGUCCUCUGAGGGUCAGCCAAAGGGCGUUCCAAAGCAUCUUGAGCAGCUGUGCACGACGGUCUUCCAAUCCCUGUUCCCACCCAUCACCCCACAAACGACCCCGUUGUCCAGCAUCAAGCGAGUCCUCCUUCUCAACCGCGAACCAAAUUCCCCCUCCACCGACCCUCAAACUUCCCACGACGAAUCCGAUAACCCCUCAUAUAUCCUCACCUUCCGACACUUCGCGAUCACCACCAAAACCGCCAGUGCCUCUCGCGCCGUGAAGCGGUUGAAAAGCGCAGCGAAGAAAGGCGCAGCGGCAGCUCCGACCGGUGCGGGUAAGAAGAAGGGAAGAAGCGUGCCGAAUCUAGGAUCACUUCCGGAUGUCAGUGAUUGGGUCCUUCAUGGGGAUGACCCUGGGAGUUACACGUCGGCUAGCGAGAGCGAGCCGGAUACGGAUGCAGAGGUCGAGGUCGGGGUCAUGGAGAAGCGGGCGUUCCCCAAUCGCAACGCGAGGGUAGCCGAGGACGGGGAGAGCGGAGCGAAGAAGCCGAGUCGACCGGCGCAGAAUUCGAGGGUGGAGAAGCGCGCCGUGAAGCUGAUUGAAAUUGGACCGCGGAUGCGGAUGCGGUUAGUGAAGGUCGAGGAUGGGGUAUGUUCAGGGAAGGUCAUGUGGCAUGAGUUCGUCGACAAGUCCCCUGAAGAGGUGAAGAAGCAGGAGAAGGAGUGGGAGAGGAGAACAGCGCAGAAGGAUGCGAGGAGGAAGGAACAGCGGGAUAAUAUUGAGAAGAAGCGGAUGGAAAAGAAGCCGAAUGAGACUGCCGAGGAAGGUGACGAGAUGGAGAAUGAGUACGAUACGGAUGAGAUUGAGGAUUUGGACGAUGAGGACCUGGAUGAGAUGGCAUACGAGGAUGUCUCUGACGACGACGAGCUUGUUGAUGCGGACGGAGUGGAAGAUGAAGAGAUGGAGGAUGCAGACGAAUGAAAGCAGUCAUAAGGUCUUCAUUCUAAUCGUAUAGUCGUUUAAUCGUCUAGGACACCGCAUCGCAUAGUCGGUUUCAUCAGGCCUUGUGUAAGCCCCUUGAUUUUGGUUAGCGACAAAUGAGACUCCGAGAUCCAGAGACUUACCAAAUGUAUGAUACUACAACUCAUGGUGCUAAUGCAUGUUAGGAAAUGGUUUAGUUAGGGAUAUCAAAGCCCAACUCCC